AUGUUAUACAAGAAGAAAAGAACAAGCAGUGAUAAAAGCCGAAGCCAAUCAGAACAUUCAGGACAAGAAGUUGCAUUUAGCUAUAGUCCUAGAUCAGAGAGAAAAUUUAUAUUUAUUGUAGGCUUAGAUCCAGACAUUAGUCCAGACGAACAAGAAGAAAAAGCUAGAUUGAUUGCACAGGUUCUCGAACUGCAAAAUACUUUAGAUGAUCUGUCACAGAGAGUGGACAGUGUGAAGGAGGAGAAUCUCAAGCUAAGAAGUGAGAAUCAGGUUCUGAGUCAAUAUAUUGAGAAUUUAAUGUCGGCAUCAAGCGUAUUUCAGUCGACAAGUCCCAACACCAAAAAGAAGUGAACCUCAUCAUAUUAAUUAAAUUAAUUACACAAUUUAUGAAUAAGUUACAGUGAUUUUGAAGUGAUUGUGAUUGUUUUGAGUGUUUUAGAAAGUAUGCGCAUUUAAUUACAAUUUACAUUUAGGAAAAAAUAUCUCAAUAUUUUCUAAAAAUUUCAGUACUUGGUGCUUAAUUUGCCUUUAUUAGCUUAUAUAUACUUUCUACGAGAAAAAAAUAUUUGUGUGUGUGUGUGCGUGUGUGUG